CGUAUAUUUACAGAAAAAUAUUUUCUGUGUAUUUACAACCGAUCAAUACUGUCAGAGUCCCUGUUCCACACUGCUGGAGUGGAAAGACCACCCCAAUCACCCAAUCCAUUCAGGACUUAAAGGAAAGCUCAGAAACCUUUGCUUGAAGGUUAGAAACCCUCUAACUGAACGGUGUUUGCACUACUUUUGCUUUAAAUCCUUAUCUGUCUUUUUUUUUUUUCCUCUUCUGCUUUUUAGUGUGUCAUGAUAGUUGGACUGGGGACAUUUGCUGGUCUUACGCAAGAGCUGUGUGUGGGAAGGAAUGGCUGUUUGCUCGUUCGCAGACCUGUAUUUCAACUGUCCAACACUGUCAGAAAGAUUCUUAACCUGCCCUAUGCCAAAAGAAUUAUUCCUGCAGAUUCCGCACCAGUUGUCCCAUUGGACUGCACCACGAUAGCCCUGGAGACAUCAAAACCCCCAGACGCUGUGAGGAACUGUCUAAAUGAGACCGUGAUGUAUCUCUCUCGCUGCAUCGCGACUGAACUGAAUAUUGAUUUUGUUUUCCGGGACAUGGGUAUCCUUUCUGUCAAGCACAAGGAAAUCCAAAUGAGGUUUUAUGAAAGAUUUCUUCUCAGCCUGGAUGCAACGGGAAACAUUAAGGAAGUUCUUGGCAACAUAAGUCUUACUGUUCUGGCAGUGCUACGUGUGGGAUUUCAGGCUGAGUCUCAAGCGUCCGUCAGGCUGAUGUCCCCUGGUGUGCCAUGAGCCGUCUGGCCACUUAGCUUAGACAUUGUGUACAGCAGAGGAGGUGCUCUUUAGAUUUCCUCUUAUAUAAUCAGUUGUCUUGAUGAAAUAUAAGUCACAAAAGAUGGCUGUGUUGGGUCACGCCAAGGAUCACAGAGUCAUUGAGGUUGGAAGGGACCUCUGGAGGUCGUCUGGUCCGAGCUCCCUGCUCAAGCAGGAGCACCUAGAGCAGGUUGCCCAGAACCAUGUCCAAGUGGCCCCGUGUCCUGUCCUGAAGGCUUAGGGGAAAGGGUACGAGAACCAGACAAGUUAAUGGUGGUAGCUGUGGUUAGCAACGUGGUCAUUGCCUUGGAAUCAUCUCACCUCUCUCUGUUCCUGUCACAGAGGAAGAAAGGGAUGACGAGUUGGGUCAUUUCCCAGGGAGAACCUGGAGUUCCUGACAUCCUCACUAAAGCCGGCAUCCUGUUUCCCAGGUGAGGAUUUUCUGUCGCCUUUAACCAAUGAUGUGAGCAGCCUCUCGACUUGUGAUAGGUAGAUCUCCAUUACUAGGAUUUUUUUGCUGCUCAUGAGGUUGUUGAGAAAGGUUCACUCCCAGUACGCACUUGAAGUAACGUAGAGAAGUGACUGCUUUUUACAUUGCCAUCAGUCAUGCAAAAUAAUCAUUUGUUAGACAGAAUUUGUGGAGCAUAGAGAAGAACAUAGGCAACAUCAAGUUUCACCUGCUUUUACUUCUUUCCUUUUGGCGUGACUGCAAAGGGAAAGGAAAAUGACAGGAAAACUUUAAAAUGUUUCUGUGUAGGAUUUCAUGCACAAUUCUACAUUCUAUAGAAUUCUACGUGAUGGAAGUCAGCAAUCAUACAUGUCACGUGUUUGCAAAAUUCACAUGCCUUUUGUGAGAAUCAAGCA